AGUUGUCAAAAGUACUCUAGUCAAUGAAAAGUACGCCCGUUUUUUUAACAGUUCAGUUUUACCUUGGUGCUUUAAAUAGUUGUAUGUUUAUAAUAGUAUUAAAUUAACGAAACAAGAUGUUCAGCUGGUUGUCAAGGGACAACAACAAGCAGGAAAUUUACAAUAAUGUUAUUGAAGGCCUCAAAAAUAUAUACAAGCACAAACUACUACCUCUUGAGGAGCACUAUCAUUUCCACGAUUUUCACAGUCCAAAGCUGGAAGACUCCGAUUUUGAUGCCAAGCCUAUGAUCCUACUUGUAGGUCAAUACUCUACAGGUAAAACCACUUUCAUUAAGUAUUUAUUGGAAAGAGAAUUUCCUGGUAUUAGAAUUGGUCCUGAACCAACUACUGAUCGAUUUAUUGCUGUUAUGUACGAUGAUAAAGAAGGUAUAAUUCCUGGAAACGCCCUUGUAGUCGAUCCGAAAAGACAGUUUAGACCACUCUCUAAGUUUGGUAAUUCAUUUUUAAACCGAUUGCAAUGCUCUCUUGUCAGUUCGCCAGUAUUACAAAAUCUUUCGAUAGUAGAUACUCCAGGAAUACUCUCUGGAGAGAAGCAACGUGUAGACAGGGGAUACGACUUUACUGGGGUACUGGAGUGGUUCGCGGAGCGCGUGGAUAGGAUAAUUUUACUCUUUGAUGCACAUAAGCUCGACAUAUCGGAUGAAUUCCGUCGUUCAAUUGAAGCUCUUAGAGGGCAUGAUGAUAAAAUUCGAAUUGUCUUAAAUAAAGCUGAUAUGGUGGAUCAUCAACAGCUUAUGAGAGUCUAUGGAGCUCUUAUGUGGUCAUUAGGAAAAGUUUUGCAGACUCCUGAGGUAGCAAGGGUAUAUAUAGGGUCAUUUUGGGACCAGCCCUUGAGGUAUGAUGUAAAUAGAAGACUUUUUGAAGAUGAAGAACAGGAUUUGUUUAAAGAUUUACAAUCAUUACCUAGAAAUGCAGCAUUGAGAAAACUUAAUGAUUUAAUUAAAAGAGCAAGACUGGCAAAGGUGCAUGCUUAUAUUAUUGCCGAACUUAGGAAAGAGAUGCCUUCUGUAUUUGGAAAGGAUUCCAAGAAAAAAGAACUUAUAAAGACCUUAGGAGUGCUAUAUGAAAAGUUACAGAGAGAGCAUCAAAUAUCUAUUGGAGAUUUUCCGGAAAUUAAAAAAAUGCAGGAAGUUUUAGUAAACAUGGACUUCACCAAAUUCAAUCCCUUGAAGCCUAAAUUAUUAGAAAUUGUAGAUAGGAUGUUGGCUGAUGAUAUAUCUAAACUAAUGGCAAUGAUUCCACUGGAAGACACUAAUAAGACCAAUCAAGAUGGAAAUGUACAUGGUGGGGCAUUUAAUAAUGUGGAAGAUGCCACUCCAUUUGGCUACAAAAAGGGUGAAGGCAUUGAUGCUGGUGCUGGGGAACAUGAUUGGAUUGUCAACAGGGAUAAAGCAAGAUAUGACGAUAUAUUUUACCAGCUCAACCCUGUAGAUGGAAAAGUUACUGGAAUGGAAGUUUUGAAUUCAGCCCCAUCUUUGAUUGGCAUUUGGACGAAACGAAAGAAAUUCUUCUCGUUAAGACGAUCUGCCAAGCCUGAAAUGGUCAAAUCCAAGUUGCCCAAUUCUGUGUUGAGAAAAGUGUGGAAACUGGCAGAUGUCGAUGAAGACGGCAUGUUGGACAAUGAAGAGUUCGCUCUUGCUAUGCAUUUAAUAAAUAUAAAGAUAGAUGGGAACGAUUUACCGGCGGAACUACCCCCUCAUUUAGUACCCCCUUCAAAACGUUGAUUUAUUAUAUUUUUAUAUAAGAUACACCCUAUUUAUUAUAACUCAUCUAAAAGUGCUAUUUAUUAUGUCAUGGGAUUUGUUCUGUCUAAGCAGUUAAUGAUAUUUUUGAGGAACUAUUUUCAAGUUGUAAUGGUUCAUAGAACGUACUUUUUCUAUUCUUAAAACGAGCGGUAAGCUUUACUAAUAAUAUUUUGUGUUUUUAUAAGAAUAAUUGAAUUGGAAUAUUUGAUAAUCAAUGUGAUACAAUGGCGUACUAUGUAUAUUUGUACUAUAACAAUGUAGAUAUGAUAUUUUCCUAUUUAAUAUGAAAACUACACCGCCUGAAUUUUGUAUAUUAAAUAUCGUUUAGGCACUUGUAGGAAUUUUUUAUAGUUAAUAUUGUAUACAAUUCCAUAAACAGUUUAUUUACUAUAUUUUCCAGUGACUUUUAAUUGUUGAAAUAUGUCCAUUUUCCAUUGUUUGUUUUAAUAAAUUUUAUAAAAGAA